AACGAAUUAAAGUUUGAAGUGUUGAAAUAAUUUCGUGAUGUUUGUAGAUUCAGGCCAUGAGAAAGUUCCAUAUCCACCAGCUUAUAAUGAUAUUUAUCCAGCAGUUUCCCCCCCUGAAUCUAGUGGAAAAGCCAUGGGAUGGCAACCAGCUAGAGCUGGAAAUGCUAUCGUUCAACAACCUACUUCUGAUGUAACGCCACGGCCAACUCCAAAUGUAGCAGUAACAGUUCCAAAGAUGCUACAUCGCUCAAAUAUUGGACUAUAUCCAGUUAAACUUCAACCAUGCCCACAUUGCCAGAAAGAAUGUAAAACUACAACUAAAACAGAGGCAACAAUGCGAACUCAUCUGUUUGCUUUUAUUUUGUGUGUCAGCUGUUGUUGCUUUUGUGUUCCCCUUCCAUAUUUGACAAAUAACGCAACGAAGAUCACAAAUCAUUUCUGUGAAAAUUGCAAGUCAUAUAUUGGAACAUAUUCAAGAAGAUUCUGUUGUUGUGGAUAAUAAUUUAAUGAAAAUCUUUGUUUACAGUAUUUAAGGUGUGAUCUUUAUAUAAAAUAAUAAAAAGCUCUUUUCAUUGGUAUAAACUUUAGACAAUAAAAUGAAAGCGA